CGAACACACGCGCUGCUGUUGCAGGAGAGGCGCGUAUCGGAGCCGCCGUGAAAACCAGAGGAAAGGGAGAAUGCGGGACAGACAGAGGAAAUAAUCUUCUCGCCUUGGAAUUUUACGAAUCUUUCCCCCCAGACGCCAACUAACUGGAUUACAACAGUAGACACUGAAUUUAUUCCCUUUUUCAACUGAUCACUGCGAUUUUUUUCUGUUGCUGCUGCUCUCGCAUCACUAAACAUUGCGGUGCUGCGGACUUUUUCCCUCCUCUCUCUCUUCUGAGCUGGGCAGCCAGCACUCCGAGGCAGGGAGUGUACGUGUGCGUGUGUUAAGCCGUGGGUGGAAGAAGAACAAUCUGAGCAGUAAUAAGCGUCUGCACGGGGCCACCGGACAGUGUAUCCUUGUCUAACCUGACAUCGGACACGGCGCAACGGCAGAGGGACAGCCCCGCAAACUUCUCACCAUUUGCGCCUUUUUGAUGCGUAAUACAUGUUUUGCGGUGGAAAGAUUUUUUCCCCAUUAUUUCGCUGGCAAGGAAGACGGACAGAAACGGGAUAUUUAAAAAGGUCGCAAACCAGUCUGUUUGAAGGCAUCUUUUCACUGCUGGCUGAAUAAAAGUGGACCCAUUAUUGGAAGAAAAACGAACUCACGCAUAGAAUUACAUUUUUUUACCUACCUUGGAAAUGAUAGAACAUUGAAAUUCAUUUUGGAUUUUUUUUUACAUUUCUGUUUAAAACAUCCAUAUGAAUUCAUGACAUAUGGGUGGGAAAAACAGACAGUUUCAGUCCUGCUGACAGGGGACCGAGAAUAUACGAGAGGGGGUGAAGGAAUCCGCCGUAGCGGGGAAGGAGGUGCAAAAAGCUGGACACUGGCUGCGAUCUGAUGCAGGCGAAGCCGUGUGUAAUUUGGAUGAUGGAGCUGCGCGCCUUCUGAAAACCACAAGCCUUCUUAUUAGGGGAAAAUUGAUCGCCACUUGGACUGAAUUAUUUGCGCAUUAUUAUUGCUGCUGCAUUUUUGUUUUUUAGCGCAAAAAGGUUAACAACCGCCGAGAACCAUGAGGACUACUGGCGCAGUGGACUAUUUGUGUUACUCGAUGAUCAUCCUACAGCUGCUGACUCAGCCCGCAGCUAAGAAAGUGCUCCGCUACCGCUUGGCUGAGGAGGGUCCCGCCGACAUCCGAAUAGGAAAUGUAGCCGCCGACCUGGGUAUCGUAGCGGGCUCUGGCGAGGUAACUUUCACGCUGGAGUCGGGCUCCGAGUACUUCAAAAUCGACAACAUCACCGGGGAGCUGAGCACAAACGAGAGGCGGAUAGACCGGGAGAAGCUGCAACAGUGCCAGAUGAUUUUUGAUGAGAACGAAUGUUUCAUAGAUUUUGAAGUGUCAGUGAUUGGACCAGCGCAAAGCUGGCUCGAUUUGUUCGAGGGGAAAGUAAUCAUUUUGGACAUAAAUGAUAACACGCCGUCUUUUCCAUCUCCCGUCCUGACACUGUCGGUGGAAGAGAACAGACCGAUUGGCACGCUCUAUCUUUUGCCCACGGCAACCGACCGUGAUUUCGGCAGGAAUGGAAUUGACAGAUAUGAGCUCAUUCAGGAUAGCAGUGACUCCAGAAGGAUGGGCACCAGCAGUAACGGGGACUCUCACGGCAAGCGGCGGUUCGAUGACAGUUCACGAAACAGUUUUUUCGAGUUGCAAGUGGCUGAUACUACCGACGGAGAAAAACAGCCGCAGCUCAUCGUCAAGGGCGCCCUGGAUAGAGAGCAGCGGGACUCAUAUGAGCUGACUCUGCGUGUGAGGGAUGGGGGCGACCCGUCUCGCUCCUCCCAGGCUAUCCUGAGAGUAAUGAUUACAGAUGUGAAUGACAACAGCCCGCGCUUUGAGAAGAGCGUCUACGAGGCUGACCUACCGGAAAACAGCUCCCCUGGCGCCCCCAUCCUCCAAUUAAAAGCUAUGGAUGCCGACGUCGGCGUGAACGGGCAAAUUGAGUAUGUUUUUGGCGCUGCAACAGAGUCUGUGCGGAGGCUCCUGAGACUGGACGAGAGCACGGGCUGGCUGAGCGUGCUCCACCGAAUCGACCGCGAGGAGGUGAGCCAGCUGCGCUUCUCCGUCAUGGCACGCGACCGCGGUCAGCCUCCCAAGACGGACAAAGCCACCGUGGUGCUCAACAUCAAAGACGAGAACGACAACGAGCCCACCAUCGACAUCCGCAAGAUCGGACGCAUCUACCUGCGUGACGGCGUGGCCAACGUGGCCGAGGAUGUGGUGGUGGACACGCCCAUUGCACUGGUCCAGGUGUCAGACCGUGACCAGGACCAAAACGGUUUUGUGACCUGCACAGUGGUGGGCGAUGUGCCCUUUCAGCUGAAACUGACCAGCGAGAAUGACGGCGAGAUGAACAAAAAGAAGUACUUCCUCCACACCUCUGCCCCCUUGGACUAUGAGUCGGUGCAGGAGUACACGGUGGUCAUCGUGGCGGUGGACUCGGGAAGCCCCAGCCUGUCCAGCAACAACUCCCUGCUGGUCAAGGUCGGGGACACCAAUGACAACCCGCCCAUCUUCGCCAAGAGCACGGUGGAGGUGUCCUUCCCGGAGAACAACGCGCCGGCAGAGAGGGUGGCCACGGUGCGAGCCACGGACGCCGACAGUGGCAAGAACGCAGAGCUCUCAUACUCGCUGGACUCCUCGGUGAACGGCAUCUUCUCCAUUGAUGCGGACAGCGGCGACAUCCGGGUCAACACCAUCCUGGACCGGGAGCAGACGGAGCGCUACGAGUUCAAGGUCGUGGCCAAGGAUAAGGGCAUGCCCAUCCUCCAGGGCUCGGCCACCGUGGUCGUCUUGGUAGCAGACAAGAACGACAACGAGCCCAAGUUCAUGCAGGACGUGUUCACCUUCUACGUGAAGGAGAACCUGCAGCCCAACAGCCCUGUGGGCAUGGUCACUGUGAUGGACGCAGACAAGGGCCCCAAUGCCCAGAUGAGCCUGUACAUCGAGGAAGAGGAGGAGAUCUUCUCCAUCGAGAACGACACAGGCACCAUAUUCUCCACCGUGUCCUUCGACCGCGAGCAGAAGACCCAGUACUCCUUCCGGGUCAAGGCCGUGGACGGCGGCGACCCGCCGCGCUCCGCCACGACCACCGUCUCGCUCUUCGUCAUCGACGAGAACGACAACCCCCCCUCGGUCAUCUUCCCCCUCAACAACACCUACACCCUGCUGCCGCCGGCCAGCACCGAGAAGACCGUCGUGCGCACCGUGGUGGCCACCGACACCGACACGGGCGUGAACGCCGACCUCAACUUCGCCAUCGUCGGCGGCAACCCGUACAAGCUCUUCGACAUGGACCGGGCCACGGGCGUCAUCUCGCUGGUCGGCAAGAUCGAGCAGAAGCACUACGGCCUGCACCGCCUGGUGGUGCUGGUCAACGACAGCGGCCAGCCGUCGCAGAGCACCACCACGCUGGUCCACGUCUUCGUCAACGAGAGCGUGGCCAACUCCUCCGUCGUGGAGGCCCUGGUGGCCAAGAGCCUGGGCACGCCGCUGAACGCCGACAUCGCCGGCGACCCCAACUACGACCGCAGCAAGCAGCAGCUGAGCAUCAUCAUCGGCGUCGUCUCCGGCAUCAUGACGGUGGUGCUCAUCAUCCUGGUGGUGGUGAUGGCGCGCUACUGCCGGCCGAAGAACAAGAACGGCUACGAGGCGGGCAAGAAGGACCACGAGGACUUCUUCACGCCGCAGCAGCACGACAAGCACGGCAAGAAGCUCGGCAAGAAGGACAAGAACAAGAAGAACAAGACCAAGCAGCCGCUCUACAGCAGCAUCGUCACGGUGGAGGCCUCCAAGCCCAACGGCCACCAGCGCUACGACGGCGUCAACGAGAAGCUCUCCGACAGCCCCGGCGGCAUGGGCCGGUACCGCUCCGUCAACGGCGGGCCGGGCAGCCCCGACCUGGCGCGCCACUACAAGUCCAGCUCCCCCUUGCCCACCGUGCAGCUGCACCCGCAGUCGCCCACGGCGGGCAAAAAGCACCAGGCCGUGCAGGAUCUGCCCCCGGCCAACACCUUUGUGGGAACCGGAGAUAACAUAUCACUUGGAUCGGACCACUGCUCCGAGUACAGCACUCAGACCAUCAACAAAUACAACAAACAGCCGUUCCGCCGGGUGACCUUCUCCGUGGUGAGCCAGCCGCAGGAUCCGCACAACCACCAGGGGUCGCUGCAGAGCUGCUACGACAGCGGCCUGGACGAGUCGGAGACGCCCAGCUCCAAGAGCUCCUCGGGGCCCCCGGGGGGCCCCCGUCUGGGCGCCCUGCCCCUGCCGGAGGACAGCUACGAGAGGACCACGCCGGACGGGAGUGUCGGUGAGGCAGAGCACAUGGAAAAUGACUCCCGGCCCUUGCCCGACGUAGCCAUGACCGGCAAGUGCACGCGCGAAUGUGACGAGUACGGCCACUCGGACGCUUGCUGGAUGCCCGUGCGCACCUCCCCCGAGCGCGAGCGGCGGCCCCCCAAGCAGCCGCAGCCCCAGCAGCAGCAGCAGGCACCCGGAGGCCAGCAGCCCCCCAAGCUCUCUACCUUCAUGACCUCCAGCGUGGGCGGCGGCGGCGGAGGUGCCACGGGCGAGCCCAACAACCCGUCCCAUCCCGACUCUCCCCUGGCGCUGGCGGCGGCGGUGGCUAGCGGCGAUCCGUUGACGGCGGCGGCGGCGAUGAUGUCGACGUCUGGGGGCCAUCAUCAUCCCCACUACGCCACCCUCGGCGACCGUAACCGCAACAACCUGCUGAGCCGCAAGAUGUCCACCUCGUCCUCGUCCUACGACACCUUCGCCACCGCCGCCGUCGGCUACGUCCCCUCGCCCGGGCACCACCACGCCGGCACCCCCGCCUCCGACGACCACCCCCACCCACACCCAGGCCGACCCCCCACCGAGGAGAUCCCGCUGGCACAGACGGGCGACUACAAGCCCACCACCUGUGGCACCCUGACCCGCCGCGAGGUCUACCUGUGACCUCUGGAUGACCUUUAAGGAAGCUUACCCCCCCAUCAAUCACCCACUUCCCACCACCCAACAAAACACAAUACAAUUAAUCAAGGCUGAGAAGACAAAACUCCUCCCUUAAGAAACACCCAAGUGAAAUAUCGCUAUAGUUUCACCUAGCUGACCUACCGUUGAUGCUAAAACGAAGAUAACAUGCUGUACGUAGUAUGAGUGUCUGCAGAAGAAAUUCCUGAUCUGAUGACCUGAGCAACCGCAGAAAAGAGACUCUCAUUUUAGAGCCCACAAUGGCCUUUCUUGUUUCUUUCUCGAGAGAGAAAAGAAGGAGGAAAACUGGGGUGUGCUCAAGGUAACUGAGAAACAAAAACUGUGGCUAUCACAAGCUAGAUUGCUAUCAGGAUAGUUCGCAGAAGAGCCCAUAUACAAAAAAUAUAUAUUUCUUUUCCCUUUUUUAUUUCACCACAACCCACUUAACAAAACCGACUAACUCCUACAUUUGAACUCAACAAGAUGGACAAAUGCUGGUUGUUUUGGACUACCAGUACUGUAGGACCUAAAGGAUGGGUUCGGCUAAAGGGGAUGGAGGUUACGAAGGUGGGAGAGGAGCAAAAGGGGGUUGAUGGCCAGCCAUUUGUUCGGGUGUUGGCUGCUGGCAAAUACAAAAAUCGGGCUCCUCAUAAAAAACCCAUCUUUCCCAAGCUGGCUGACUACGACAAAUCGUUGUAUAAUGUAGACUGUCUCGUUGUUAACGUGCAUGCAUAAUUGAGCCCUUUAGAGACAUACAGACUUACUACCGGCAUUACAAAAAAAAGAGAGAAGGACUUACUGUACCCGCUUAUCUUUCUAGCUCGCUUUGGUUUUUCUUUUUUCUAUUACUCUUGAUCAAGUGGGUGAUAAGAUAAAGACUCUUGAACAAGGUACGUCAGACACUGAUGGAUUGACUUACUGACGUGUGGGUGGCUCUGUGAGAGUACAGGGCCCCCCCACACCAUCCCCCUUUAUAACUCGGUAUGCAAAACAUCAUCAACAAUGGCUCGGACCAUUCGCGAGUCAGCAUCAUCACAGUAGACCAAAAAUAGACUAAAAUGAGAGUAUGGGAAAAAAAGAUAGAAAAAAAACAAUCCAAAUUCACAGAAUCCUGAAGGAAACGAAGAAAAAUAUGUUUAUUUUUCUUCUUGUCAUAGAUGAAGAAAAAAGCGAACUCAGAGACGCUGUUGCAGUACAUUUGUUUGGUUUGGUUAUUAUUUCCCUGUCAUGGCAACCAACUUCAAGGACAACUUCUCUGGAAAGAUGUUUGUUAUUUAGAUUUUUUUGUUGUUUUUGCCUAUUUUUCCUAAUGGAGAGAGACUUUGGUUCACACUACCACACUUGUGGAUGCCUGUUGGCUAAGACGAUGUUAAUCCACAGCAUGCGCUGUAAACUGCAAACUCACACACUAACUUGUGUGCUCUCUUUUUCAUAUGU